ACUUUCAACCUACACACAACGAACAAAACCCAACGAAAAGAAAAAAAAUGGGGAAAAAGAAAGGAAAAUAAUCAACGAAAAACGCAACAAAAAUGGGACAAACAACUCCCCCACACUAAAACCUUUGUUCGUCCCAAACAAAAAAAAAAAACAAGAUACGAGCAUGGAUACGGUUUCAUAUAAGAAGAGUCUCAAAAUGCCCAAUUCAAUUGAGUCGAAUUCCAACGAACAUACGACUAUAUGCCUCAACUAUCAACUUGACCUUGAAAUGACAAACUCUCAAAACAUAGUCAUCAUAUAUGCCUCACUCAUUUUCUUACAUAAAUAUAUGAUAGGUACCCUCAAAAUUGGUCAAUAUUCAAAGAGAGAGAAAAAAAUACUAUUCAUCUUGUUCAAGCUUACCUUCAAUCACCAUAACCAUGGAUUGAGCUUCAAGGUCCACCACCAUCUUUACUUUUCCGGCCGACCACCACAGCUCCGGCGAGCCGGCGAACCUCAGCUCUCAGACCGUCGAAAACCUUCAUGCAACCCUAGCUCACGGCCAUCCUCAGCCAUGUCUUCCGGCGGCAUCCACCGAGCACAGCAAGCCCGCGACCACCACAGCUCCUUCCUCAGCCCCUUUUUCCAGCGACCCCAAGCUCGAGCCCAUCACGCACGUCCAACGCCGGCGACCCGCAUCCACGCCCUCUCAGUCGCUCCUCAGCCGCGACCACUAGCUCGCCGCCACCUCCUCACAGCUCUGACGACACCCCGUCACCAGCUCUCCUCCGCGUCGUCCAGACGAAUUCACGCUGAAAAAAAAAGCCACCAUUUCCGGCGAGCUUCUCAGUUCGCAACUUUCAUUCCGGCAUCCCGCAGCUUCCGGGC